UCAAAGUAUCUCAUUCUGAAUUAUUCUGUGCUAACUGAUAUCAAUGACAUGUGAACUGCUUUCGUUCAAAACAAACAUGGCUGAACCCUCACAUGACGGCCUUGCCCGCCGGAAACAAAGUGUAACUUACCUCACCAAACACCAACAUGUACGCGACUGCCCAUUACCUUUCAGGGUCCAAACAGUCCCUCAAUCGCGCAGCGACUUCCCCAGAGCAAGAAAGAAUACCUAACUGCCCUCCCAAAUAAAUGACUCCCCCCAUAACCCACCGCUCCACUACCGCGACAUCGUCGCUCACAAGAACCCCAAAUCUCAUCUUAUGUAGCACGAUUCCUUACCACCCUGGCCCACAAAUAUGGCGCCGAUAAAACGUAAACGCGGCACCACUGCGCCGCGCGCACCAAGAACCACCUACAGUGCGACGGCAGCGAAUGCAACCACGGGAACGGCGGGGGCGCAAAAUGCGACAACGGAGCCUGCGAAACCUGCGAAACCCGUGAGAGAGAAGCGUAAAGAGCAGCUUACCUAUGCGUCAUCGUCUGCCUCGGCCCCGUCACCGAUAAAGCCGAAGCCAGCGAGGAGAAGCAGAAAGUCUAGGGCUAUGCCGACUGCGACAGCUAGGCGCGCGGUGUCGAUCACGCCGUCGCUGAGCUCGUCGACGUCGAAGCCCUCGGCUGCGGCUGCGCCGACGUUGGAGAGGAAUGUGGAUAAUGUGGUGUUGGGCGAUAUACUGUUCAGGGCGUGGUAUCCAAGCCGGCAUGUUAAGGAGAUAGUGGGGAGGGAGGUGGUGGAGGAGAAGGAGAUGCUGGAGCGGCUUUAUGUGUGUAAGCAUUGCUUCAAGUAUAGCAAGGAGUUGAUGGGUUGGGUUGGACAUGGGAAGGCGUGCGAGAGGAGAAGAGGGGGUGCGGCGCCAAUGGUACCGGGGAGGAAGAUAUACAGUCAUGGCAAUAGUGGGUGGAGCGUCUGGGAGGUGGAUGGGGAAGUUGAUUCCCUGUAUUGCCAAAACCUGUGCCUAUUUGCGAAGCUAUUCCUCGAUAACAAGUCCGUCUUCUUCGAUGUCGCCGGCUUCAUCUACCUACUCCUCGUCCACACGAACCCGACGACAGACGAAGAGCAAGUUAUUGGCUUCUUCAGCAAGGAAAAUAUGUCGUGGGAUAACAACAAUCUCGCCUGCAUCCUCGUGUUCCCGCCCUGGCAGCACAAAGGUCUGGGGUCCCUCCUGAUCGCUGUAUCAUACGAGAUCUCGCGACGCGAGAAGAUCAUUGGCGGCCCAGAGAAACCCAUCUCUGACCUGGGGAAGAUGAGUUACAUUAAAUACUGGAGCGGCGAAGUGGCGCGCUACCUUCUGGACGUCGGGGACAUGGAGAAGAAGAAAACCAAGGUGGUGAGCCUGGAUGAGAUUAGCACGGGCACGUGGAUUUGUGUGGAGGAUUGCCUGACGGCGCUGAAGCAUAUGAACAUCGCCGUUGCGGCUGGGAAGGGGAAGGGAGACGUGCAGAGAGUCAAGAUCGACAAGCAGCAGCUCAGGGGGUGGAUGGCGGCUAGUAAGACGGGUUUGGGGCCGAUAAUUGACCCGGAUGGGUUUGUGGCGGGGUAUGGGUGUAGGGAAAGAAGUACGGAUGAGGAUAUGGGGGAUUGAAAGAGAGGACGAUUAUGGAUACGAUAUGACAGUGAUCAUGGCACUGGCCGUCUUGCCUACGAGUUGGCUCAUCAUAGCCAGACGCCAGACGAUGGAGGAACUCGGUUCGAGACUGGUUGCGGGAGGGACCUCUAAACAAAUCGAGGCUUCAGGUAUUCCGAGGCUGGAAUAUAAGUGUAGACUCCCGCAGUCUUAGGAGCAGUCUUGGAAGUGCUGGGCAGUAUCGGACUACUCAACCCUUAUGUGAGGCACAUAAAACCCACACACAUAGCAUUGGAUAACAGCUAUUUGUAAAUAGAGAGAUACCAAAGAAUUGAAUAUACCACAGCCUGUUGU